AUGGCUUGCACUGCCAUCACCGUAGCUGGCAAGUUGGAGCACCGCGUGGUUGGACACGAAGUUUACGUCGUCACACGUCUCGUAAGUGGUCGCGUUCGGCAUUAUCCGCACGUCUACUUCAAGAGGCAACCUUUCUACCAUGUCCUGGCCACACUGCUCCCGGCGACGAGCCUCAAGAGCGACGGAAGGUCGCGGUGCAACAAGUCUUUUCACUUCCAGUUCCUGCCGUAUCACGUGAACGAAAUAUUCAAGUCGAUGUCGGAUCACAUAGCGACGGGUUCGGAGUUCUGGGUGGAGGUGCACCUUCGUUUAUGCUUAGACGACAGGCUCGGCGAACAGGAGGACAGCUAUCAGGAGGACAGCUACCCAGCCGGUUUGACCGUGAAGGUCAACGAUCAGGCCUGCGUACUGCCGGCGUCGAUUCCUGUGCUGGCGCCCGGCGGUGCGACCAUGCGCGUGCGCCUGCCCGUCAACAUAAUCUCCUCCUGCUUUCUGUAUCCUGGCGUCAAGAACAAGCUUUCGCUGAGCUGGCAGCGUGAAUGGGACCGUGAGUACGUCGUCGGCGUGUUCCUGGUUCGGAAGCAAUCGGCGGCCACGAUUCUUCGCGAACUGCAGCAGAGAAAGGCGCCGAACACGGCCAUGACCACAGAGCUGAUCAAGGAGCAGGAGCGAGCAAGUGGGGGCGGUGACAUCGCGGUGACGAGUUUUCAAGCUUCUCUCACGUGCCCGCUGAGCAAGAAGCGGAUGAGCGUCCCGUGCCGCGCGCUCGGGUGCAAGCACAUACAGUGCUUCGACGCUCCGAGCUACUUGCAGAUCAACGAGACGCGGCCCACGUGGAUGUGUCCCGUGUGUGGUCGGCGGGCCGCAUUCUUCUUGCUAUUCGUAGACCAGCUUUUUAAGGAGAUUGUCGAGAAGGCGCCCGCCGAAUGCGACAGCGUUCUCUUCCGCAAAGACGGCUCCUGGACUCCGUCGGCGUCGCCGAAGGAUGGCUUCCUAGCUGGAAAAGCCUGGUCGUUGAGUGCUAGGAGCUCGAAGGGGCCUUCGGCGUCCUCGUCUAACGAGCACGACGGGUGGCCCAACAAGCGGCGUAAGACGAAGUUUGUUGACCUCACCGUGGAUGCUAUUGACCUUACCGAGCACAGCCGUGACGAGGCGAUCGGCCGUGGAGCUGACUUUGGUCUUCGACCGUAG